AUCUAUUGCAGAUAGAGUCUGAAAUCCGAAUAGCAUCAGUACGAUAUGGAGGAUGGAUUAGAAGCCCCAGGCCCGCUAUGGAAGAUUAUAGUGGUUGCAGCCAUAGCCGCCGGCGUACAGUUUGGAUGGGCACUGCAGCUCUCUCUUCUAACCCCUUACGUUCAAACCCUUGGUGUCCCUCACAUCUGGGCUGCUUUCAUUUGGCUUUGCGGCCCCAUCUCUGGCCUCCUCGUGCAGCCUAUUGUAGGCUACAACAGUGACCGUUGCACCUCUCGCUUCGGUCGUCGCAGACCCUUUAUUGCAGCUGGAGCCUGCUGUGUUGCUGCAGCUGUUUUCCUCAUUGGUUUCGCCAAAGAUAUAGGCCACAAAGCUGGUGAUUCACUGGAAAAAACCACAAAACCUAGAGCCGUUGCUGUCUUUGUUGCAGGUUUUUGGAUUCUCGACGUGGCUAACAACAUGUUACAAGGUCCAUGUCGUGCUUUGCUUGCUGACCUUUCCGCAAAUAAUCAUAAAAGAAUGAGAGUUGCGAAUGAAUGCUUCUCCUUUUUCAUGGCUGUUGGAAACGUUUUGGGUUAUGCGGCUGGUUCCUACUCAAAUCUUCACAAAAUCUUCCCUUUCACAAGAACAACUGCCUGUGAUGUUUACUGUGCGAACCUUAAAACUUGCUUCAUUAUUCAUAUUGUUUUCCUCUUGUUGGUGACAAUAACCGCGAUUACCAGCGUGAAAGAGACGCCACUAAGCAUGAAGCAAGAAGAAGAGAAAGCGUCUACGCCUUUUGUUGGGGAGUUAUUGACAGCAUUCAAGACCUUGAAGAAACCGAUGUGGAUCUUGCUUCUUGUCACUUGCCUUAACUGGAUGGCCUGGUUCCCAUUCUUGUUGUACGAUACGGACUGGAUGGGGAGGGAGAUUUACGGAGGGUAUGUGGACGGAAAUGCGACUCAACAGAAGCUGUAUGAUGAUGGAGUACGGGUGGGUGUUGGGUUGAUGAUUAACUCGAUUGUUUUGGGUUGUACUUCCUUGGGCUUGGAGAAUGUUGGGCGCUUGGUUGGUGGGGUUAAAAACUUGUGGGGUGGGGUGAAUUUCAUCUUGGCUGCAUGCUAGGCUUCCACGGUGUGGAUCACCAAGAUAGUUGAGGCUUGGAGAGAUAAACAUGGACUCUUGGCCCCUCCAAACAACAUCAAAGGCCCUGCCUUGGCUAUAUUUGGAUUGUUGGGUAUUCCGCAAGCGGUUACUUACAGCAUUCCAUUCGCUUUGGCAUCCAUCUAUUGCUCUACUUCUGGCGGUGGUCAAGGGCUAGCCCUGGGAGUGCUCAACAUGUCAAUAGUUAUCCCACAGAUGUUCAUAUCAGUGGUUAGUGGACCGCUCGAUGCAGCAUUUGGGGGCGGUAACUUACCAGCCCUUGUAUUGGGCUCCAUCGCGGCUGCCAUUAGCGCUUUAUUGGCAAUAUUCGCCCUUCCAAAUCCACCACAAGUGUCUCUCAGUCCAGCAAUGGGUGGAGGACACUGA